CAACUCCUUUCAAAAAAUAAAAAAUAAUAAAGAAUAAUAGUUACAAACAGACAAAGGCUUGUAGUUCAGAGAGCACAACCUAAAAAGAGGAUGAUGGAACAGUGAAACUCACAAACACCCUUCAUAUGUGCACACAAACUCCAUGCGGGUUUCCUUGAGACCCACCAGAACAUGUGGGAUUUUGGUUUAGGUUAUGGUUUUGCCCUAUUACGUCAAAUAAUAAUUUGGCGGUGAUAGGGAAAUCAAUUUCAACGGACUGUGGGCGGGUCUGACCAAACCCAACUCUAACCCAGCACUUCUCACUCACUCACUCUGCUCUCACUUUUGGAAUCAAUGGGAGAAGAAGACGAACACCACCCGCCACCAAAUUCCCCCAACGUCGCCGGCGAGGGUAUUAUUGGAAACAACCCAAGUGAGCAAGAGCAAGAGCAAGAGCAAGAGUAUUCGUGGCCUGUGAUUCAGUUCAAUGUCCCUCCACAGAGAACCUACCACUUCUGCCACCAGUUCAGGACCGCUUCAAACCCUAACAACUUCCUCAAGGGCGUGAAAUGGUCUCCGGAUGGUUCUUGUUUUCUUACUAGUUCUGAGGACAAUACCCUUCGAAUGUUUACCUUACCAGACUAUGGAAAUAAUCAUCUUAAUGAGUGUUCUGUAGCUGCUGCUAGUGAGGAUUCUUAUGCCGCAAACCUUUUUGUGUAUGAGGGAGAGUCUGUUUAUGACUUCUGUUGGUACCCUUACAUGUCUGCUUCAGAUCCAAUUACAAGUGUUUUUGCAACUACAACUCGUGACCAUCCUAUUCAUCUUUGGGAUGCUACAUCUGGUCAGCUGCGCUGUACAUACCGGGCUUAUGAUGCUAUGGAUGAAAUCGCAGCAGCUUUUUCAAUUGCAUUCAAUCCUGCUGGAACAAAGAUAUAUGCUGGGUACAAUAAAUCUGUUAGGGUCUUUGAUUUGCAUUGCCCUGGGAGAGAGUUUAAACAGUAUUCAACACUUAAAGCAAAUAAAGAAGGCCAAAGAGGCAUAAUAUCUGCAAUGGCUUUCAGUCCAAGUCAUACUGGAAUGCUAGCUAUGGGUUCUUACUCCCGGACUACUGCAAUAUAUCAAGAAGAUAAUAUGGAACUCUUAUAUGUGUUGCAUGGUCAAGAAGGUGGGGUUACACAUGUCCAGUUUUCGAAGGAUGGAAAUUAUUUAUAUACUGGAGGGCGGAAGGACCCCUAUAUUCUAUGCUGGGACAUUCGCAAAGCUGUUGAUGUCGUGUACAAGUUGUAUAGGUCAUCAGAAUACACCAACCAGAGGAUAUUGUUUGAUAUUGAACCCCUUGGUCGGCAUCUUGGUACAGGUGGCCAGGAUGGCAAUGUUCACAUAUAUGACCUGCAAACAGGGCAAUGGGUAUCAAGCUUCCAAGCUGCAUUGGAUACUGUUAAUGGAUUCUCUUUUCAUCCAUAUCUGCCAAUGGCUGCCUCUUCAUCGGGGCACCGAAGAUUUGUCAUUCCUGAUGAUGGGAAUGGGGAUUUGCACUUGAGUGGUGAUGAAAAUUGUGCUUCUGUAUGGAGUUUCUCUUUCGAUUCAGUGGUGACGAAUGGUGUUAAGAUCAACACUGAUGAACUUGACAGUCGGCCUGAGCAUCAAAACCUGCACCAAGAUCCUGAAUGAAUUUUGCAAUCGCCUAUUGUAUCCAAGUAUACCAUUCAUACAAGUUUCUGUUACAUUUACAUAUUGAGGUGGGCUUAUUUUACGAUGAAUUAACCUUUUAUGCAAUUGUUACGCUAGACAUAUAUUUAAAUCCCAUAUAUAUAUAUUUUUAUUUUUUUA